CAUAUUACAGUUACUUAAUAAGUUAAGAGUUUCAUAACCAGCUAUAUAUACAUAACCGUUUGUUUCAAGAAGCCAUAAAAAGAAAAAAUAAGUUAGAUUAUUAGUGAUGGAAAGGAAGUGUAAGGUGUGUGUCACUGGUGGUGCUGGUUAUAUUGGCUCUCUCUUAGUCAAAAAGCUUUUAGAAAAGGGAUACACCGUUCAUGCUACUCUUAGAAACUUGAAGGACGAAUCCAAAGUAGGGUUCCUUAAAGGCUUUCCACAUGCAAAUACUAGAUUGGUGCUAUUUGAAGCUGACAUAUACAAACCAGAUGGUUUUUGGCCUGCAAUUCAAGGCUGUGAAUUUGUCUUCCAUGUUGCUACUCCCUUUCUACACCAAACUGAUUCCCAGUUUAAGAGCAUAGAGGAAGCAGCAAUAGCAAGUGUAAAAAGCAUAGUUGAAACUUGUAUUAAAUCAAGAACAGUGAGAAAACUGAUAUACACUGGCACCGUGGUUGCAUCAUCUCCACUAAAGGAUGAUGGGUGUGGAUACAAAGAUUUCAUCGAUGAAACUUGUUGGACUCCUCUCCAGAGUCUUCACCUUCCCCUCACUCCUUUCCAUAAGGAUUACGCUUAUUCCAAGACAUUGGCAGAGAGAGAAUUAUUAACCAGUAACGGUAAAGAUGAAAAUGGAAAUGGUGGAAUUGAGGUGGUAACUUUGGCUGUGGGCCUAGUGGGAGGAGAUGCUCUUCUCAGUUACUUACCCGCAAGUGUUGCAGUGAUUAUCUCUCAGAUUCAUGACAAUGAAGUCGCAUAUCAGUCUUUGAAGUUCUUAGAAGAUAUAGAUGGAAAAAUUCCACUAGUCCACAUUGAUGAUGUUUGUGAAGCUCAUAUCUUUUGCGCUGAAGAUCCAUCUAUCAAUGGCAGAUUUUUGGUUGCAAACUCAUAUGCAUCAUCAGCAGAGAUAGCAAAUUAUUAUCUUCAAAACUAUCCAGAAUUCAAUUUGAAAGAGAAGUAUUUGGAAGAGCCAAACAAAGCAAUCAAAUGGGCAUCAACAAAGCUCACGGACAAAGGGUUUGUCUAUAAAUAUGAUCUCAAGAUGAUACUAGACGAUAGUGUCAAAUGCGGAAGAAGGACGGGCGAUUUUAGUAUGUAAUGAUGGAUGAUCUUGAGUUCGAUUCUCACAAGUUAAAAAUGUAUAUUGGCCAACCUAUAUUUGAUUUCCGAACAAACGAAUAUUAAUAUUACGUUGGCAGGAUGUAGACACUAUGAGAUUAGUCAACCAUCAUCUUAAUAAAAAAAUACAAUUUGUAAUGAUUUUUUUAAGGAUUGUAAUGAUAUCUUAUAAAUUGUGGUUAUACUAAUUAA